AAGAGUUAUUAGAAAAUUUUCUAUUGUUUCUAUUAGAUGUUCGUGCCCAGAUGCCGUACAGUCCGCACGUAUAUUGUCUCGCACACCGCUUAUCUGCUACAAUAGUAUAGUCUUAGUGCUCGCCGUUGCGCCUUGCGCUCACGCGUUAUCAAGUUGCCGGUAAUGUUUAAUUUAUCGCUCGACCCAAGUCCAACAUUAACUCUCUAUCGAAAUCACCAUGAAAAAUAAUCAACCAAACAGUCCUAAUAAUAAAAUUAAUAACAAAACGACGAAAACCGUUCCGUCGAUUACUAUCGCAAAAACAACUACACCAAUGAACUCAGAAGCUAAUACUAUAGACCAUGGAUGGUCAAUACAAACAAACAAACAAACAACUACACUCCAACUCCUCAAACUCACAAUCCGAUCCCUCAUCUCCGAAUACGAAUUUGGAUACAAAGGAAAACAAUAAACAAAUAAAAAAAAAUUUAUUUGCUACACGCAACAGGUUCGAACUGCUUGUUCAAGAUGACCCUUUCGACUCGCCCACUACUGUAAAUAUAUCUACAAACUCUCUUCAAUAUGAUGCUGAAAAUAACAUAAUGAAUAAUGAAAACACACUUAUUAAAUCUCCUUCGCCAAUAUUUGUUAAAGGUGUCGAAGAUUUUCCCGCACUUUGCACAGUCUUAAUAGAGCUUAUAGGCGUCGACAAUUUUAUUUGUAAAUCGUCAACAAACUCAUUGAAAAUUCAAACUACGGACCCUACUGCAUACAGAACAUUAGUACAUUACCUAAAAUCUGAAAAAGCCGAGUAUCAUACCAGCUCAAGGAGGAUAAACCACUUCAAUAUAUUAUUAAUAUAUUUAAAAUAUAUGACGUUCAACAUGGAAAUUCAACACAAUUAUAUCGACGAAAGACACGAUUCGAUAACUGCGUUUUUCGGUCGAUUUUUCAAUAUGAACACGAAAUUCUUAUCUAAUGACAACAAAAUUUAUACGAACAAAAAUCAUCUCAAGUAUUCAUAAUGUGCCGAUUAUUAUUGUAAAAUUAUAUUUCUAAUUCAGCCAAUUUAUCUAAUUAUCCACAUUAUAUCGAUUCCACAUUUCCUAUUUUUCAAUGGUUAUAAACUUACCAUUUAUAAUACCACCGACUUUUGAAAUUAUAUAAAUAUCUUAUAAUUGUUUUAUUUUUGCCACAGAUUGCAGUCGGACGACAUGAUUUAAUAAAAAAUAAAGUUUAAUACAUCGUGUUAUACAUUUUAUUGUAUAACAUAUAGUAUUUUUAUU